GUUGUUUUGUGUAAUGCCUCUACAAAGAUCGCAUUGUUUUCGGAAUCUGUGCGUUACGGUUCCUUUGGUGUUUCCUGUCGUCUUGAACAUGAUGAGGUUUGAUGAGAAAGAGAUGAGCUGGCGAACUGAUCAGCAGAUGGUAAUGUGGAGGGAGAGUUCUGUGAGAAAAUUAUGUGGGGGACCCUGAAUGUUAUUUGACGAACUGGCACUUCCUAACCUAAAAAAGAGGGGACACGCCUCGUAUAAAAGCAAAACUCUGGAUUGCAUUUCUGCAUAUUCGCCUACAUCUACAAUGAGGGCAUUUGAACACAUUUUGGUCUUCUGCCUGCUGAGCGCUUUCAGCAAUGCUGAGGAUCAGCCCUCGCCCAAGAAGAAGCGUGGUAUCAUCAGCAGUCUAGGACACUAUGGACACGGAAUCGGCCAUCUUGGGCAUGGAGGACUAGCAUAUUCUGGAGGUUAUGGACAUGGUGGCGGCCUAGGUCUUGGUCUAGGAGGAGGUGGAAUAGCUCUUGGAGGAGGUCUGGGAGGUGGGCUUGGAGGAGGUCUGGGAGGUGGGCUUGGAGGAGGAACUCAUACCCACAGUCACACGAUCACCACCGUCAACAGAGCAGUACCAGUGCCAGUCCCACAGCCCUACCCAGUACCCGUUGACAGACCAGUGGCAGUACCAGUGCCACAACCGUAUCCAGUGAGCGUACCAAGACCGGUUCCAGUACCAGUUCCUCAACCCUAUCCCGUCACUGUGGAACGUAGGGUUCCCGUAGAGGUACCCAGACCUGUGCCCGUACCUCAACCAGUUGCCGUACCCGUACAGGUGUGUAUCUUCUGGUCGAGUUCGCCUCACCACUAUACAUAAAUGUACAAUAAAUUUUUAAGUGUGAUUCCGCGACACUACAAUGACAGGAGAGAGCGACAGGGAUCAACCGAAAAAUCUGUUACUGUGAAAUACUCAAAUCCAGAUUUUCUGUGUCAUUGCUUCGCCAUCAUAAGCUUCACGAAUGUGUCUCAGGCUUGGUCGCAGUAGCUCUCUUUUGUGUAGCCGAAUAACAUCUUAAGUAAAACUAUACUUCCUUUCAUGGAAGAUGCCAAAUUCAGACAAAAUGCGUAGAAAAACUUAUAUAUUCUCAAUCGGGUAGUGUUUAUAGACAUAUCGAGACCAGAGACGUUCUCGUUUAACACUGGCAAUGAAAAUGUAUAGUAUGUACUGGGUGCGCCAUCUAUUACUUUUUUUUCACAUAAGUUUAUGUGUUAACUGUCAAAGAUAUGCCAUUUGUAGUCAUUGAUUCGUUUACAACACCACAACGCAUUUUGGUUAUCCAAACUUAUUACGAAAAUGGUCGAAAUAUAAAAAAUACUUUACGCAAACUUCUCACUAGUUUUGGUCGACAUGGACGCCCUACAGAGCUUGGAAUUCGUUGUAUUGUUAAUCGUUUUGAGGAAACUGGUUCAGCUGAAGGUCGCAGACCAUAUCAACAUGCUCGUCCAGCUCGUACUCGCGAAACCAUAACCGCAGUGAGUGAAAGUGUGCGAGAAGAUCCAACCACCUCGACUAGGCUCCGUCCGCAACAAUUGGGAAUUAGUGAGACCACUUUACGCAUUGAUUUACACCUCCAUCCGUAAAAAAUCUAACUAAGACAAGAAUUGAAGCCGGCAAAGCAUCAACAGCGGCGUGUUUUUGUUAAUUGGAUGCUGGAAAGAGAAGACGGGUUUUUGGUCAGUGCUCUUUUCUGAUGAGGCUCAUUUUCACCUCCGAGUUCCGAGACCGGUAGCCGUACCAGUGCCACAACCAUACGCUGUUCCAGUCGACAGGCCUGUCCCAGUUGCAGUGGCUGCUGGACCAGCCAUUGGAGGAGGAGGUCUGGGGGGUAUCGGAGGGUUUGGAGGAGUUGCAGUAGGAGGAAUCGGAGGAGGUCAUGGAGGAUUCGGACCUGGCAUUGGUAUUGGACAUGGUUUUGGUCUUGGACAUGGCAUCAGUCUUGGACAUGGGUUCGACCUAGGACAUCACAAGAAAUUUUUGUAACCAUCUUAGUAGGAUCUGUGUAUAUUGUGUAUAUUGUAUGUGAUAAAUAAAGUAUAUUUUUAAUAGACA